GCCCAUUCACCGAAACACGCAUCGGAUACUACACUCUCUUCCUCUUUGUUUGACUUGUAUACCUCUAGAAUCGUCUCGGACAGUCUAUGCGACUGUCCUAUUUCCCACUUUGCGACCAGCACACGCCUUCUUUGUUCGAUAACACAUCUCGGAGUUGGCCGAUAAGACACCCAACACGCAUACACACGUACCUUGCAGGCGGCAGCAGCACCCCUCAGUCACGACCCUGCCUUGUGUCAGUGUUGCGGUUUGACGCGCCGCGUGUGAGACACUUACUCACGACUACAAGUUUGGCGACAAGCUCUCUCGUCAGCUACCUCUCGCUCCGUCCGUCUCGCUCCCCUUAACGCCGCAUCGUCCACUUGUCGACUCUGGUCUGCGAGUGGUCCUAUACAACCCCAAACCUUUCAUAUGCCAUCAUCCAACGACGAGCUGUUCCAUGCAGAAGACACGCCGGACGAGGUAAAAGGCAACAAAACAAGCCGGAAGAAGCAGAAGAAGAAGGCGGCGGCCAAGCAGAGACUCGAAGCUGAAGAUGAUUCCUCAAAGGACUCAUCGUCCGAGGGGCCUCAUUUCUCGCCCGAUCUAGCGCCAACGCUGAAUCCGAUCGCUCCCUCACCCCCACCUUCUCGCUCACCAAGUCCUCGCCUUGAUGCACGUAUAUCUAAAGAGACGACGGACAUGGGAGCAGACCAGGCCACACCCCCGUUGUUGAAGCCUACCACUCAUCUGAGUCCUUUUGCGCCUACCUCAGAGCCAUCCCCUCCACAAGAUGGCGUCAUGCCCUCACGCCUGUCUGGCGCUGGUAGUCCGCUUCAUGCUGCAUCCUUAUCUUCGUCUCCACAAGGCGGCAUUCGAUUGCCUCAAGGAUUCUUGUCGAGAGGCUUCCCAGAUGUAGCAAACAUCCCCUACAUCACACCUGCGACCCAACCUGUGAGCUUUGCCAACACCAAUCAACCCUUGCCAUAUGAGCCUCCUCCUCCGCAUUUGCCGCAGCGCCAUUUCUCGAGACUGGCCGACUUCGAUUUCAGCAGACCUGUCUACCCAGACAAGUUUUUGCAGGCCGGUUCGAGAGGGUACUAUUGUGGCUUCGAUACAUGGCAGGCACCCAAGAGCGCAUCGCCUCCGUGCACAAGCUCCGUCACUUUAACUGGAUUCGAGGGUGGUCUAGAGGUUCAUAGAGUGAGCCGGCACAAGACUGAAAUGCUCGGCCGACUGGAAGGUUUGCAGGGCGCUGUCAUCAACGCCAAAAUCCUUCCAUGUACAGCUCGGGACGACCCUUUGGAGCACCUGCGGCCUCUGGUUGCCUGUGUCGUCCAUGGACCGGUACUCGAAGGCGAUCAGGGACGGUCGUCUUCUGCCACCGAUAUCAGAGAGUAUCACACCUUCGUCGAAGUCUAUUCGAUGCAAACUUGGCAGCGAGUUGGUAGGCUCUUCCAGACCAGACCUGAGAGAAUCCACCAACCCGUCACAUCCAAAGGCUUUAACCCUCCUCCCCCCAUUGGUAGUCUGAGCAUAGCUGCGCAAGGACGCUUCAUUCUUGUGACCUCUGGAGUUAGUGGCGAGAUAUACGUCUUUGCUGCUCGGAGCAAGCAGCCAGCGGCUGACCAAAUGCCUUUCUGCUGUCUGGGAAAGUACUGGUCAAGCUUGAACACGAAGACAUUGCCGGACGACAGACAACAUGGACAUAUACCUGGCAAUACUGGCCCUGUCAGACAGAAGAGUGCACAGAAAACUGUGUAUGCCUUGAGUGACCGUUGGCUGGCCAUCAAACCUCCAGUCACCUCCUCUUCGCAGACGACCUUAAAGGGCACCAUAGGAAUAACGAGUCACGUUGACUCUACUAGCGUUGCAAGUCAUGCUUGUCCCGGCCCACCUCUCGCAAACUGUGAGGUUGAUGCACCGUUCAACGAGAGUCUCAUCAGUCGUGUCGCUAAAUCAACAACUCGUGAGAUUUACCGAGGCGCGCAGCAAGGGUUCCAGGCAAUCAAGACAUACAUUAACGGUCCAGCGAACCCAAAUGGCGAUCCGGCAUAUUACGGAUCGCCUCAGUCGCCACAGACCGAGCAUAGCAAUUUCCCACCAACUCAUGCCCACAGUAAUGAGCCUCAAACUUCUCCAGUAGAGCCAGCCCUCGUAUCGAUCAUUGAUCUCGAGAAGUUGUUCGAACGCGAGGAGCGUGAGAGCAAGGGGGGCCCGAUUCUUUCGGCGACGUUUCAUCUUAAUGAUGGAUGUUCUUUCCUUUCGUUCUCACCCAGUGGACUGUCCCUACUUGCUACGAAUCACGUCGGUGACGAGUCGAGAGUAUGGGAUCUAGCCAGGAUCAACGACGGUAGAGCAGCUGUCAGUGAUCCGUCAUCCGUUGGUACCAUUCGUCUGGUCUCGAGGUUCCACAGAAUGUCACCUUCAGUAGUGAUUGAUGCUGUUUGGACGGCCUGCGGAAACCGGAUCGCCAUCGUUACCGAGAAAGGUACUGUGCAUCUGUACGGACUCCAGAGUUUGGAGUACAAACCACCGGUGAUGCUGUCAUCCAGCAUGCCCUCUCCUGGCACAUCUCCACGUGAAGAGAUUCAAGCGCCAGCAGGGGGCUUUUUGAGCAAUAUGCGCGCGGGAAUUCGAGGCAUCCAAGACAUAGCCACUAGACCACGCACCGGUUCCAGUGGUCUUGUCAAUACCCUUGGUGUCGCGGGUCUGGCUGCAAAAUCCGCAGGUCGAAGAGUCGUGCGUCAAGGCCUGUCCAAAGGAUUCGGCGUGGCUUCCGAAGGCGUUCACCACAUUCGGCAUGCUGAAGACAACAAGAUUCGUCUCCACGUUUCCACUCAGCACUCCAUUGCGCCCAACUGCGUUCAAUGGCAGCAUGGCAAGGACCGAGACAUUAUUGCAACCUUAUGCAGUGGUAACCUCGCGUUGUUGGCAGUGAAGAAUGUCAGUCAUACCCAACAGCGAAAGACCGUGGUCAGCCCGGCGGUAGAGAAGACUCCACUUUAUUCAAGCGCACUUCCGACAAUCGCCAGCGACGUUUUACCUCCCGCAGUGCUAGGGUUGCUUGAACCAGAGGGGCCACAUGGUGGAUGUGCUCGUGAAGGACUGCACGGCUUUUGUAUAUGGAACGCACCUCCAACUCACAAGCAUGCCCAGAGACGGGCAUCCAUUGUUAGCCUGGGUCAGAGGAAAGCAGCAAUGCCCGUACAAGACAAGGAUACGAACCCACCUUACAUGCCUUACCAUCGUCUACCUACAGUCAACCUGUUCACAGUUUCUCAGCCUAAGAGCCAGGUAGACGAAACAGACAACACCUGGGUAUUUGGUCUACCUCUGGCGGCAAGCAGCAGAGUGAGUAGUCAACAGGACAGCGACGAGGCCUACGAUGAGGGCAUCACCGAGGAAGACAUGGAAGGCCUUGUCGGCCAGAUUGAUGAAACACUCCGCGCUCAAGGGUUCUCUCCGAAUCGCGACGAGGACGGGUUUAUGGCAGCGAACCUGGUCGACAUGUGAAGGCAAGAGACCUUUACUCAGCAUACAUGGUGAUUUUAUGAUGGACAUGAUAAUCAAGGCGUUUUGGUACGGGGUGGGGCAGGUUGUGAUUAUUAGACGACUAGAUACCACUUUACCAUCAGUAGCACAAUGGAAAUACUCUUCAAGAAC